UCUUUACGUAUUAGUGGUGCUCAUUCAGUCCCUGGAUGGCAAUAGAACAAGUCGUAAUUUAACCAUGUCUUCUGAUAAAGGUAGCCCGCCGAUCUACACUCCUCAGACGUCUAGGCUAACGAAAGAUUCCGAUUCCUUUUGGACACGUUUUGGAAGCUUGCCUAUAGUGGAGGCUAUUUCUAAAAAUGUACUUCGGACUUACGAUAGUGUUAAGGCCACACCAGUUGUUGGUAUUGGAAUGCGGAUUGUGGAGGGAACUUGUCAAAGCGUGUUACAAGAAGUAGAAACUUACUCAAAUUCACUUCCAGCGAGGUUUCUAGACGAUGUGGGUUGUGGCUUGUUGUUUGCCGUUGAAAAGAAUUUUCCAAUCGUUCAGAAAACACCAGAGGAGAUCGGCAAGGAUAUUCAAACUAAGGUGAACCAUGGAGCCGAGACAUUCGUUCAGUCAUUAGCUGGGCAACUCGUCCUCUCCGGCCUGGAGUUUGCAGUGUCAGCUUCAGAAUCUGUCUAUAAUAUGAUUGACACGGUUGAGAAAGAGACCGUAAGUCAACCUCAAGAAAGUGAUGGAGAAAUAACACCAGGAGGAGGAAGACAAACGACAAUCGACGAGCUGUGGGGUAUAAAAGAAGAAAAUAAACCAGAAAACCUAUCGAUUAUUCGCAGGUCUUUCCGAAACCUAAGACGCUUUGUCGCAACACCAUUCUAUUUGUUGACAAUGAUAUUAAAAGGAAUCUAUAACUGGGUGAAAGACUUUGACAAUACGUUAGAUCCUGAAAAACGGAAGGAAAUAGAAGGAAGGCGGAAGUUAACAGCAAGACGAUACUAUAGUAAUUCGUUGUCUAGCAGAGUGUUGAAUGCGGUUCCACCACUUAAAUUCGCUUUUAAGAUGGCUGGUAUAAUCGAUAUUAGUAAGCUGCUGUGCCUUACUGGAAAGGAAAGUAUAGAUACAAGUCCUGUAAAGUCAUCCAAUGAUCGUGGAACGAAACGAGGCUAUUCCGAGUACACCAGUGACGACUGUGAAUUCGAUCCAGAUACUUACAAGUCUAGUGAAGAUGAAGAUUAUGUGCCCCCUGCUGACCCUGAAUCCUCUGACAGUGAAGAAUAUAAUGAAGGCGAAACUGAAAGCGACAUUGAAGCAAUAUUAAAAGACGAGCAAUCCGCUCAUUCUUUGGACAGUCUUCCCAAGAACACUAAACGAAUUCCGAAAAAGGUGUCGGCGACAGUUCUUGUGACUACAACAACGGACGUUCCAUCAUCAAAAGAGCAGAUUGACGAUUACUUUACACUUGAACACACAAAGAGCAAAGACCAGAACGUAAGUGGUGGUGGUGACGUUAUUAAUUCAGCGACCAGUGGUGAUGAUGCGGUGACCAGCGGUGAUGAUGUGAUCGAUCCAGUGACCGGUGACGGCUGUGAUUUCAAUCCAGACACAUACAAAUCUAGUGAAGAUGAAGAUUAUGUGCCUCCCGCUGACCCCGAAUCCUCUGAUAGCGAAGAAUAUAAUGAAGGCGAAACUGAAAGUGACAUUGAAGCAAAAUUGAAAGAGGAGCAAUCCGCUCAUUCUAUGGAAGACGGUGUUCCUAAGAAUGCUAAACGAAUUCCAAAGACGUCGACAGUACCCGAUACUCAAACGACUGGCGUUCCAUCAUUAGAAGGGCAGCUUGAUGGCCGUAAACACAUCACGGGUGAACACCUGAAUGUAGGUGGUGGUGAUGUGAUCAAUAAAGUGUGAAGCUUGGCAGGACAGACUAGCAAACAACCAUCACAUCUCCACAUAGAUUAUAAUUGCCAUGUCUUUCUUUCGUUGGUUCUGGUGACUACUUUAUGUGGUGACCGUAUUUUCUUAAUAAAGAUGCUACGAUCUGAAAAUGCAAUACAGUAACAUAAGGCGGACGCGUGUACAUAGGCCCAAUACCAUACACUGAAUAUGUGCAAGAGUGGCAUUAAAUGAUAUUGCAAAUUGUAUAAUAAAAUUAUGUGUUAAUAACAGUGAUAUUAUAAAUAUGUAAUGAUGGCCUAUAAUACUAAGCAAUCAAGAUAGAAUACAGAAAUAAUAGUAAGAAAUUUAUAUAAUGAAGAAAUUUAUAUCUAUAAUAUCUAAUAAUUUCAAAGCCUAAAAAUGACCAGCGCCCUCAAUAGUGUGUAAGAAUACUCUGGUAAAGUAAAAGAAAAGUAACUGUAUAUCAUAAUUGUGUUUAUUGUAUCAUUCACCUCCAAAUUCAUCACGUUUUAUUUAUAAUUUUCAAUCACAAAAUUUAUAAGCAUUUGUCAAUAACAAAAUUUAAUUCCAAAGUUCAACAAAAUUAAAUACAACAAUACUACAUAUAAAAUAAUUUUGAUUAUUUUUUUUUCUAUUCGGAGAAACAUUUAUUACAAAAAAUUGACAAAUAUAAUUUAUAUAAAGUAUACAAAAAUAAAACCCCGAUGGCAGCCUGAAAAAGAAGGAAUACAGCAGUGAAGAGAAACUAAGAAACGACAAAAUACUGUAAAUGCUCGAAUAAGCGCCGCGGCGCUUAUAAGUUAUUUGGAGGCUUCAGUGCGGCGCUUGAGAGCGGCGCUUAUUGAAAAGCGGCUCUUAUAAAACAAAUUUCCUUGUCCGUACCCAUGUUACCUAUUUCACGUUUUUCCGUAGUUCAGUAGGUCCUAUCAUCGUAAAAAAAAAAAAAA